GAUCGACGCGACGAACUUGUAUAUGGGUUUCCCUUAUGUUUCGCUGGUGCUGCACGGUAGUUCACGAUUCACGAUGAGUCCAACUGAAGUAAUGGUGGACGACGAUGUUUCGAUUGAAUAUGUACUCGGAGCAUAUUUGCUAGUGCAGUGAAAUACGUAUAUUUUUUGCAUGUUUGACAUGUUUGGUGUUCUGACAGAACAACAAAAUAAAUAGCUCAGAAAUUGCAAGAACAAUCUGCUAAAUGGGGAAGGUUAAAAAGAAACCAGAAUUGCUCCAUCGUAGCAAGUCUAGGAAUAUAUUGCGUAAUUUAAUGCUAAGAGAUUUUGGAUUACAUACUACACAUAAAACUAAUACACGUGAAUUGGAACCAAUAGCUGAAACAAAUCUUGUGUUAAGAGACCACAAGGAAGUGAAAUGUGAUUUGCCUGGUGUUCCUAGAGCCUCUUUUUUAAUGGUCUUCAGUCCUGAUGGGACUAUGGUAGCAUCUACACAUGGAAACCACAAUGUUUAUAUCACAGAGAUUACAACAGGAAAAAAUAUUAGAACUCUAUCUGGACAUCCACGUACUCCAUGGUGCAUAGCUUUUCAUCCUUCCUCUAGUCAGAUCUUGGCAUCUGGCUGUUUAGGAGGCCAAGUUCGUGUAUGGGAUUUAAGUGGUGGUAGUGAAAUUUGGAAUGUUGAUAGUCACACUGUUAUUGCUUCACUUGCGUUUCAUCCAUUUGAAAGAUUAUUAGUUAUAGCUACAUAUAACGAAAUUCACUUUUGGGAUUGGAGUAAAUCCCGCCCUUUUGCUGUAGCUGCUACAAAGACUGACAAAGAAAAAGUGAGAUAUGUAGCUUUUGACAAUCUGGGACGAAAACUAAUCACGGGAAUUGCAAAUACACCACAAGUUCAAUCACAAUGGGAUCGGACUUCUGGAGUGAAUCAAUUACUUAGAACUAAUAUGAUGAAUUUUCGAUAUUCACGAGAUUUUGAUGCUGAACUUUCACCAUGGCAUUUGUGGAACCAUGGAUCCAUAUACGGAAGAGGAAUAGCGGACAUUCAUACUGCAGACAGAACUUCCCGUGCCUACCUGUUUAUGCGCAGAGAAUUGGACAUGCCCUACGAAAUAUCCAGCUUUUCGCGAUUCGCCAACACGUACAAUCAGCAGUUGAGGAAUAACUCGUCGCGGGAAGAGGCACGGAUUCAUGCGGAUAUUCAGCGACGACGACUUCUAUCUUCUUACGAUACAACAUCCAUGCUACGUGAAAGUUUCGCAGAACUGAAUCAAAACAGAGAAGCGCAUCCAAAUAUCAGACGAAGUCCACAUCCGUCCAGUCUGACCAUUCCCAGCAAUUUCUUAAAUCGGGACAGUACCGAAAACAGAUCGGCAAACGACAGCAACGAUGACGAUCUGCCGAGCAGUUCGGCUAGGGGACGUGAUCGGGAAGCGAACGUGGUCAACGAUCUAAGGGACGAAUCGUACGAGCGAUUGAACAGCAUGUUUGCCAGGGCGCGCGAAAGAGUGCGUAGAAUCAAUUCUCAUUCAGAAAGAAGAAUUAAUUUAUGCUACAGAAGACUCGAUCGAUAUGUCACGCUUGUAAGACGUUACUUUAACGUUUCUAGAAAUCGUGAUACGAUGGAUCGUGGCACAGACCCCAUGCCUCUUAGCACAUCAUCGCCUAUUCCCGAAGAAGGAAGUAACCAAAAUGAAUCGACGGCGACUGAAUCGUCCAUACGGCGCUUAAGAAAUGCACUGAAUUCUAGUGCUCAAGCGAACAAUUCAAAUCUGGAAAGAUUGCAACAAUGUCAGCGUUUGUUAUUAGAACGUUCUUCCGAACAAGAAGAGAUCGGUACUACUCAAAUUGGUACUACUCUUCAGAAUUUAAGAGAAGCUCUGAAUGCUGCUGCCGAAAAUAAUAGCUCGUGUCUGAUAAGAUUGCAAAAAUUACGAGAGAGAUUACAACGACACAUGACCUUGUUCGACCAUUCUAACAAUCGUAACCCUCGCCUUCAGCUGCUUCGCAACGCGCUGAACAAUGAAAUCGAAGCGCUUAACAAUAUGAAGAUGCAAUUUACUAACACGAGUUCUAGGAUUGAACGAUUGCGUGAUGAAUUCACAAUGUACGGUAAUAGUCCAUCACGAAAUCGUCAUGUUGCGACCGAUCUUUCGCAGAUGAAUUUGAACGAGUGGAGAACAAUUACUCCGUACGAUGAACAGUCACCCAGCACUAGUUCCUCGAGAGUUGCCAUCAUAAGAUUUGAACCUCCGCGCGCACGCGAUGAAGGUUUAUAUUCGGAACCCAAUGUCUUUCCUAGUACAAGCUCUGCCGGAAGGAAUCAAGAACAUGAUGCAACACGGUCUAAUGCAGAAAAUGACGAAAGCGCGAAUAUUUCGCCGAGAACUGGUAGAAGGACUAUGAAAAGAUCGUUCUCGUCUACGAACAUGACAGAUGAGCACUCAAGAAAACGAAAGCAUCCAUUUAUAGACGACAGUUCAUCUUCGAGCGAUGAGAGCUAUUCGCAAGCAUCAACGUCGCGCAACAGCGCGUCUAAUUUCACAGUUUCAACUCAUUCGGCGUUUCAACCGAACAUACCUAAAGCCACUGCACAAAAUCUAAGCAUGCCAGCUAGCUCUCUCAGAUUGACCGAAACAAACAGAAAUAACUUGCCUGACAAUUUGCACAAUGAACCAAACGAAAGUAAUAUCCAGGAUAAUGAAACAUCAGGAACUACACAAAAUGUGCACGAAACUCCAAGAUCUCAAGAAUUUCGUGAUCGUAGGCGAAGAAAUGUACCUUCGCUCAGGAGAGUGAUAGAUAUUCUUCAACGAAAUUCGCGUGCAGAUCGUGGAGAGAGCAGUAAUACCACGCAGGCGUCAUUAGACGAUUCGGAGAAUGGAUACUGGCUUCUUGAAGAAAACAGUAAUUCAGAUUCCAAUUUGGAAGAUACAAAUUCCAAUGCUUCAAACUCCCGUCGGUGGACCAGUCGAUGGAUACAAUUGGAUACUUCAAACAGAAAUCCAGAAUACAUCAACGAUUUGUCGAACGAACAAGUCAAUUCGAGAUCUUUUUCAGAGGAUACAGAUCAGAAUUUUGACGAUAGACACAAUAGAGAUCAAAGAAAUCGCUUGUCGCCUAUAUCUGCAAACCCUACUCGAUACGAACAACCGCCGUUGUUUCCGUUUAGAAGUUUACGGGAAAAUCAGUCCCAAAGAUCCGAAUCCCAAAGAACAGAACAGAAUCAAGUACCUGCUACCAGCAGUUCUGACAGCACUACAUUUCAACAAUCGUCUGAUUCGAGUGUGACGGAUACAACUCUCGCGGGAUUAAGUGAAAGUGUUGACGAUCCUAUCGCAAGAAGUGCCAACGAAACAAAUCACGAAAACAGAUCGACCACAAGUGACAGACAACAAGAACAGCAACAACAACAACAAGAGGACCAACGAAAUUUAGACGACACAAAUUUUGAUUCUAGCGAUUUGGACUCUAUAACAUUUGAUGUUGGCAAUAUAGAUCCGAGAGAAAGUUCAUUAGGAGUUCGGCAAGGGAUUCAAUUGCUUAGUCGUCACAUUGACAACAUGCAACGCUUGUGCCGGGCGCGCUUGGAAAUAGUUCAGUUAUACCAAGUGCGUAAAAUGUGGGAAGAUCUACAACGGCAGAUACGAUCACUGCAUGUAACAGUUCGCGUGGAAAGACAGAACGCAGAUCAGACAGACGCGCAGACAAGAGACAACAGUAAUCCCGGUACGUCAUCAGCAUCGGUGAAUGAUUCUGGGAGAAAUUUUAAGAAAACUCUCUUGGAAAAUUAUCAAAGAGAAAGCAGCGAGAGUGAUCAGGACGGAAGAUCGCAUGAUCCGAAUCAACCGUCAACUUCGAAAGGAAUAACUGGUCACCAGAGAAAUCGCGAUGAAGCGUCAUCAUCUGGUAAUCGCAACAACGUCGAAGAAAGCACGACUAAUAUAAGUCUCUCGAAUCUGUUGCCAAGUGACGAAGAAUUACGACGGAUGCAAUGUCUCAAGCUAAAUGAAAUAUUAGACGGCUUGUACGAGCGACUAACGCGCUGUCAGAAUUGCAAUUCACGCGUCGCCGAUGAUGCGCGAGCAACGAACAACGAUCAUACGUAUGCCAAUUUGACGACUGACAGCGACAUGCAGUUACCUAGUAUGUCUAGUGUCGUCUCGAAUAUCGGGGCUAAUUCAAAUCUGCCAGCGGUUACUGCGAUAACAACAGAGUCGGAACCGUUACCUAGUAUCUCGAGUUUCGUUAGUACUGCUGGUUCUAGCAGAUCGACCCAAAUAUCGGAUACAAAUACCGAUUAUUCUGCGACUGGCAGUGCAACUGGUAACAACAGCACGAAUGACGAUAACAUUAACUCUAUUUCUACAUCUGAUCCACCUACGCAAUGUUCGACAAAUCAAGGCGGCAGUUCAGCCUCCGGAUCAUCACUUGAAUCGUCUACAAGCGGUUGUAAUAGACUGCGUGGUAGACAAAAGUUAUAUCUCAGACGUUUAAAGUUAUGGUCGAUGAGAUCGCAUCGUGGCACAAGACAGAGUUCCAGACCCCAAUCUGCGAAUAAUCCGUUUCGACAUUAUGAACAUGUCAGGAGACCGUGGUAUUUACGCAGAAAUGCACCUCAAAAUACGAGUAAUAAUAAUGAAAAUUCAGACGUAGACUUAGAUAUUCGAGAUCUAGUAUCUCGAGGCGAUAGAACGGCACGAGGCUCAAACACGUCUGAAUAUCUACAAAAAAUGAUCGUGCGGCUGGCAUAUCUAGUCCGACAGCAAAGAGCUUUAGCUCGGAACAGUAACAUCAAUAGACGAUUGGAUGGUAGUCGUCAGCCAGAAACUGCUAGAGACAACGACGAUCGGCAAAUGGAAGAGAUUCGAGAAGCUACAAGGUUAAGAGCUAGGCAAGUACUCGGUUUGAUGGUGAGAUCAAUGAUUCAAUUCUUCGAAGUUACAAGAUCAGACAAUGGCUUCCAGAAUAAUGUUCUUUAUGAACAGAUGUGUAAUUUGUACGUAUUGUUACAUCUGGCACUGCAAUUAACAGAUUUAUUGCUGGCACAGUUAGUAAUGACAAGACGAGAAUUAGAGUCAAAUCAAUAUGGACCUUUCGCUUCUGAUUUAUUGGUCGAUAACCAGAACGAGGACACGCGUCGCGAUAAUAACAACAGCGCUGAUAAUAACUUGGAAAGAGAAAAUAAUCGCACAAGUGAGAACAUUUCGAGACAAAGCGCAGAUCGAGAGAGAUCUCCGAGAAGCUUACUUGAAAUAUCAAAUGCAUCUAAUAUGUCAAAUGCGUCUAAUGUCUCUCUAGAUGGGCGAGAUUGGUCAGACGUUCAUUCAGUUACCGAGAGCAGACGCCAACGUCUUAUGGCAAUGCACUUAAAACGACACUUAAAACGGCUAUCUCGUCAUCGACGAGGAAGUGCGAGUACGUCUUUCGAGAACCGAACUAAUAAUCCAACGGUAUCUCGACCUAACAUUAAUGGCGAUGGUAACAAUUCAAGCGAUAAUAUUCAAAACGAAGAUAAUCGCCAAUCGAUUUCUGAAAACGCUUUGUCAGCAGAAGUGCAAAGCAUCGUGGAGCGAAUACAAAGUAGCGGCACAAUCGACAACGAUGAUCGCAGUGGUGAGAGAACGAGACUUGAAAAUCGGACAACCGACACUACGCAAAAUUCGCGCGAACCGCGAAACGUGAACGAAGGCUAUCGGCGAAUUUAUAGAAAUACCACAUUAUCUGAACCGACAAUGAGACGCACCAAUGAAUCAAGAAAUACGCAAGAGAAUGACACCGAAAUAAUUGGUUGGAGAUUUUGUCGCAACUCAUCAAUAGAACGAAACCGUCGACUUCGCUGGAAUUCUCGUUACGCGCGUGGCACAAAUUUAUUACAUGAUCAACAUUACAACUUUAUUGAUCGCAGAUCUACUCAGGACCGAGAAUCUUAUCGACGACAAUUCAACGUGCCUGAACUACAAGUGAACAGCAUGCCCGUAAACGAUUCACAAUUUGAUAAUUCGGCUCUUAAUUCUCGAAGAAGGCAGAAUGCGCCACCUUCGCCGCCACACACGCCUCCGCCAUAUUUGAUGAAUAGUUCUGUUUAUUACAACGACAGCAGAAAUAACGAUCGUACGAAUGAAUCAAUGAAUGAUCAACCUGGACCCAGUUGGAUCGAAGUGCCAAACAGACAUCGGGUGACCCCAACGUUUCUAACGUUAUGGCGCAAUCGGUUUUCUUUUGUGCCUCGUGAAGUCGCGGCUAAUACAGGAUCACGGACUGGAAGAGGUGCUGGUUUUCAUCCAAGUGGUAGCGGCAACGAUGGUAACGAUCCUGGCGGAAGAGGAGGAAGUAGUGGUAGAGGAGGUAGAGGUGGUGGCGGAGGAGCAGGUGGUGGUGGAGGUGGUGGUGGUGGAGGUGGUGAUAGUACGGAGAAAUCCAUNGGAGGAGGAGGAGGAGGAGGAGGAGGAGGAGGAGGAAGUGGUGGUGAUAAUGGUGGUAAUGGAGAUGGUGGCGGUGGUGGCGAUGGAAAUGAAAAUGGAAAUGGAAACGGACAAGAUCCAAGAAACGAUGAUAAUGACUUUUGGGAUGUUGAUAAUAUACCAGUGGGUAUGUCGUUUAAUCCAACGUUAGAAAUUCAAAGCUACCGUGUACAAGCAUGGGACUUCUCCGGUGGUGAUAUACCUGAUAUUACGGACUCUGAGAAAAACAUCGUGGUACGCGAAUGUAAGAUCCAUAACGACGCGAGUAUCGAUAUAUCUGCAGAUGGAAAAUUGCUAGCGACCCUUAUGCCAACAGGUCGUAUCAAUGUUACAACCAUGUUAGGUAUUUAUAGUUUGCAGUGGGAAACAUUAGGAGAGAGAAUUUAUUCAACCAAGAUUGAUCAAACUGUAGUGUCUGUUUCGAUGUCGCCCACGCAACAACAUCUUUUAGUAGGUUUAGCACGCAGAAUUCAUGUUCCCGCUAGACCUUUUCCCAUGGCCGUAAUUUACAAGCUGAUGGAGAAACAGUCCAAAACUGGAAUGUCGACAGAUACCGCAGAGUCAAUAUGCGAUUCCUCCGAUGAGACACUUGAUGAGAAUAUUUCUACGAGUAAUAUAACGAGACAAAAUAACGCUACACCUAACAGUUACAGACCACACAAUCAAGAUUGGCGAAUUCGAAUGAGAAGUGACAUGGAUAUUAAGCGUAACAGAGAAAGUAUGGUGCUUAUUCGGGAAUUGCUGCAAAGCAAUCGAGAAACAUCGGCUUAUGUCAGUUUGAAUUGCAUAAGAUGGGCGCCUCAGCCGGGCCAAGGAAUGGUAUAUGCCACAAGUUCCGGACAAUUAAAUAUUCUACAGUGAUCGCGCGUUCGUAAACAGCGAUGGAAGUAAACUUUUCGCAUCAUAAUUAUUAAGGCUGUAAAUAUUCAAAUAUGUAAUAUCGCGGAACUAUAUCUGAAAUAAGUAUUGUUCUAUUAUUUAUUCAAAAGAAGAAGAUUCGAUAAUUAUUUGGACUUUAAUGCCAAACAGUCAAAUAUGUGAAUUUUGGAGUAAAAUUCAUAAAUUUUCAGAAUUCAAAAUAAUACGGAAAAAAUAAAUUGUAUAGAUACAUACAUAUAUAUAUAUAGUAUGUUAAAAUUUGUUGAAAAACUGUAGUAAGAUGACUGUCCUAGUAAUCAUUUUUGCUUCAAAAUUAAAAUGAUUAAAAAAGUACUAUUAUGCAAUAAUAUUAUAUAAUAUUUUAUUAAUUAAAAAUAGAACAUAUUUAUUUUGGGAUUCUCUUAAAAAUAAAAUACAUGAUGUAAAACAUGAUUUUUACUGCGAUAUGACUACUACGUAUUAGGACAGCUAUUUUACUGUAUGUAAUUUAAAUCAAUCAUCAUUCUCUGUUUUUUCUUUAAAGUGAAUAGAUUUUUACUUUGAAUUAAUAAAUUCCCGUGCAUAUUUAGAUCUUCAAAUUUAAUAUAAAUUUGAUGAGAGUUAUUCGGAUAUUUAGUCGGAUUGAAUUUACAGUUCUAAUAAUGUUUAAAUUAAAUGUAUUAUACAGUUAGAUACAAUGCAAUAUUCGGCCCCAGCUUUCUCUUUAAUGACUCGUUUUGAUAAGUUAUAAACAAUAAUUCAAGAUGUCAUAUCAUAUUUAAUUUUAAAGAAUUUGCGAUGUAACAAACUGGAUAAUCGAGAUAGAUGGAGAGUAGGAUGUUCUACAAGAAAUAUAUAAAUUUUAUUGAUUUUUUCCUACAGUGGAUAUCAUAUCUAUUGCGAGAAGCAAUUGUAAAAAAAUGCAAAAUGUACAGGUAAAGUAAUUGUUCGAUACGUAUAUUAUUGUAUAUAAUUUAUGUAAUUUUCUAUUAUAUAAUUUAGAAGAAUUCUGAUUUUAUUAGACUGAUUUUUUGUAAUAUGAUUUGACUAUAAUUUUCCUUGAUUUUAGGAAAAUUUCUGUUAUGAUACAAAAAAUGGAACUGGGUCAUUUAUAUAUAGUAUUAAUAUGUAUUUACUGAUCGAUGAAACACUAUGAAAUAAACAAUAUUAAAUCGUCUUUAAUU